AUGCACCUGCUCACCUGUCAAUCCGCUCAGGGUGGCCUUGGGGGAGGGCCAGAGGUGCGGGUGAGCGACGGCGUCGGGGCUUCGCAAGGCUGUGGAGCUCAGAGCAGCAUCGGCGGCAGCCUGCGUUUCCGCACGGGCCAGCGCCGUGGCCAGCUGCUCCUCCCUAGGGCUUUUCAGCUCCGGGGCAGCAUCUCUGCCGGGCGGACAGACCUGGAGGAAGAAGGCUGCGAAUUCCCCGCCGCCGCCUCUGCCACCAACACCAGCGCCGCCGCCAACGCCACCGCCGCCACUGCUGCCGCCGACCUCACCGCCGCCACUGCCGCCGCCGCCUCCACCACCAGCGAGCCUGGGCCGGGCAGGGCGCCGAGCGGGCCGUCUGAGGCGCAGGCCGGAGCGGGCCCGGCACCGCAGCGCUGGUGGAGGCCGGGUCUCCGAGGCGACGGCCGAGGCAGGUACAACCGUACCGGAGGAGGCGGCGCCGCCGCUCGUCCCUUGUCCUCAGGAGGGGGCCAAUGGCGAGCGACAAGCCGGUCCCGCCCGGGACUCGAGCCUCAGCCCGUGGAGCCCAUCGCCGUCUGGGCCGGCAGCGGAGGCGGUGGCGAUGGCGGCGGCAGCGGGAUGGCGGGGCUGAUGGGGCGUCCGGCUCCGGCUCCGGCUCCGGUUCCGCUCUCCGCGGGGACGAGUUACCUUUGGGUGCCGAUCCGCACCAUCCGGAUGAAAUUCGCAGUUUGGACUCCUGCAGGUCGGACAGAUCAGCAGCAGGGACAUCGUGGAGACGGUGCUCAACCUGGCAAUUUCAUUGCCUCCUUUUGCAAAGUGUCCUUAUCACAAUGGCUUCACCCUGAACACUUGGCUUCCUGUGGAUCCAUUAAAUAACAUUAAUGUUGAUAAGGAUAAGCCUAAUCUUUAUUGUUUUGUACUAGCAAAGAAGUUGGCUAUUUUGCACAGUUUGUUGGCUCAAUAGUUACAUCAGCAAAGUCCAAAGGAAAAGGUUUUCAGCACUGUGGGAAAUAUGAUCUUCAACCAUGCAAGGUAGGUAAAAAGUAAGUAUUCAGUCAGUUGAGUCUUAUAAAGUCACUGUUUUCUUUGUCAUGAGACUUACCCACUGUGAUUUCUAUAAUAGUCUCUUUAUCUGGU